AGCAUUGUCUUUGCACUGCAUUAUCACUACUAAAAGCUGCCUUUGAUUUUUUGGCCUCUUUCCAUCUUCAUUAACUCAUGUUAAAUCUGGAAAAAAAAAUGAAGAUGGAAAAUGGUAAACAAGCAUUCAAAUCUCAAAAAUCAGAGGGUCCAGCACUAGUUUUGGCAAUUGGAACAGCUACUCCUUCACAUUGGAUUGAUCAAAGCUCAUAUCCUGAUUAUUAUUUUAGGGUUACAAAUAGUGAUCAUUUGGUGGAUCUCAGAGAAAAAUUUCGACGUAUUUGCAGCAGAACAAUGAUAAAGAAAAGGCACAUGCUUUUGACAGAGGAAAUAUUGAAGAAAAAUCCUAAUUUGUGCUCUUAUAGUGAACCAUCCUUAGAUAUUAGGCAAGAUAUAUUGGUGUCCGAAAUUCCCAAGCUUGGUAAAGAGGCUGCACUCAAGGCCAUAGAAGAAUGGGCCCAACCCAAGUCCACAAUAACCCAUUUAGUCUUUUGCACUAGAAGUGGUGUGGACAUGCCCGGGGCCGAUUACCAGCUCAUUAAGCUAUUGGGCCUAGGCCCAUCCGUUCAACGCCUGAUGAUGUACCAACAAGGUUGUUUUGCUGGUGGCACCAUGCUCCGAUUAGCCAAGGACCUGGCGGAGAAUAACAAGGGGGCCCGGAUCCUAGUCGUGUGUGCUGAGAGCUCCGCGAUAGGGUUUCGUGGGCCUAGUGAAUCUCAUGUUGAUAAUCUUGUGGCCCAAGCAUUGUUUGGAGAUGGGGCGGCCGCUAUAAUAGUUGGAUCGGACCCAAAGCCUGAUUUGGAGAAGCCCGUUUUUGAGAUUGUGUCGGCGGCCCAAACUUUCGUCCCCAACGGGGAUUGUCACCUCGCGUUACACCUUCGCGAAAUGGGCCUUACAUUUCAUUGUACAAAAGGUGUACCUCCAACCAUUGCUAAAAAUGUUGAGAGUUGCUUAACUAAGGCAUUGGAGCCUUUGGGAAUAUCAGAUUGGAACUCACUUUUUUGGAUUCUUCACCCAGGAGGGAAUGCAAUUGUGGAUCAGGUCGAAAACAAAUUGGGCCUUGAGCCCGAAAAGUUACGGGCCACGAGGAAUAUCCUUCGUGACUUCGGGAAUAUGUCGAGUGCAUGUGUUCUAUUCAUAUUGGAUGAGAUUAGAAAGAAGUCCACUAGAGAUGGGCUGAAAACUACUGGUGAAGGGCUGGACUUGGGUGUCCUUUUAUCAUUUGGGCCUGGGCUUACUAUUGAGACAGUAGUCCUCCAUAGUAAGCCCAUUUAAUGUACUUACUAUUGUGAUCAUCUUGCCUUUUCUUUGUUUGUUUGUGUCUUUUUUUUUUUUUUUUUUU